AUGUCGCAUGCUCAGAAGAGCAGAGUAGCCGCGGGGGGGAAAGGAGCGGCAAAGGCGAAGAAAGCAGCUGGUGGGAAGAAAUCGGAGAAUGACAGAGAGGAUACACUCCAAGCUGUGAUUCUCGCAGAUUCAUUCGAGACGCGGUUUAAUCCCUUUACACUGGAAAGACCAAGAUGCCUCCUCCCUCUAGCAAACACGCCCCUCAUCGAAUACACGCUCGAGUUCCUCGCUAUGGCCGGUGUAGCAGACAUCUUCAUCUACUGCGGCGCGCACACCACCGCCGUACAAUCCUACAUCCUCUCCUCCAAAUGGCACCCCAGCACCUCAGCAGCAUCGCCCUUCAACACGCUCGAGAUCGUGAAAACUACAGCCCGCUCCGUAGGCGACGCGCUGCGGGAUUUGGAUUCGAGAGAUAUGAUUACAGGGGAUUUCUUGCUGGUGCAUGGAGACCUGGUCUCGAAUUUACCUAUCGAUGAGGCGUUGAGGAAUCAUAGGGACAGGAGGAUUAAAGACAAGAAUGCUAUUAUGACUAUGAUUCUAAGAGCUGGGGGACUGGGGGAGCAUAGGACGAAGGCGAAGGGAGUUACGCCUGUUUUUGUGGUUGAUCCGAGCAAGAAUCGGUGUGUGCAUUAUGAAGAGAUGCAUCCACUGCAAGCACACAAAUAUGUGGAUCUGGACGAAGAGCUGCUGAAGGAUCAUAAGGAUAUCGAGGUCCGGACGGAUCUGAUCGACUGUGGCAUUGAUAUCUGCACGCCGGAUGUGCUGGCGCUGUGGGCUGAGAGUUUUGACUAUGAGGUUCCGAGGCGGCAUUUUUUGCAUGGCGUGUUGAAGGAUUAUGAACUGAAUGGGAAGACGAUACAUACGGAGAUUGUGGAUGAUCGAUAUGCGGCAAGAGUCUUCAAUUUACAAUCAUACGACUCGGUUAGCAAAGAUGUGCUUGGGAGGUGGACAUAUCCUCUCGUUCCGGACAGCAAUCUUGUGGCAGGGCAAAGCUACAAGUUCGAAAGGGGCUCAUUAUACAAGGAGAACGAUGUGAUGCUGGCUAGGACGUGCAAAGCGGGUAAGAAAACCGUGCUUGGGAAAGGAACAAGUGUGGGCGCUGGGAGCGUGGUGUCCAACAGUAUCAUUGGAAGGGAUUGCCAAAUCGGGAAAAACGUUACUAUUAAGGACGCCUACAUCUGGGACAACGUAUCUAUCGGGGAUGGCUCCAAUGUUGAGAGAGCAAUUAUCGCCAACGAAGCCGUUAUUGGCAAGUCCUGCAAAAUCCAACCCGGAGCUCUAAUAUCCUACAAAGUCGGUAUAUCAGACAACACUGAAAUAAAACCCAACCAGCGCAUCACCCGCGCCAAGCGGAAACGCGACGCCGAUUCCGAAACAGAGGAAGAAGUUCCCUCGGACCCCUCAAUAGUCGGCCCAUCAGGCCACGGGUACGAGUUCCGCGACGCUGAAGAAUUCUCCGAUGACGAAGAAGCCGCCUUCCACUCGUCCCUAAUAUACAGCACGCAACACCUAAACCUCUCCAACGCCUCCAUCUCUACCCUCUCCUCAUCCCUCUCCGCCGACGACGAACCCACCGGUCCACGCUCGCGCCUCUCCUCCUUCACCUCCCUCUCCGACGACGGCGACAACGAGGGCUUCCACCACGACGCCGUGCAAGGAAUUCUAGACACGCUGCACGAACACGGCGACUUCGACUCGGCGAAACUCGAGUUCAUGGGUCUGCGCCUCAGCAACGACGCCACGGAUCACCAGAUCCGCCGCGCCAUCGCCGUAGCGUUCAGCAAGCACAUCUCGCAACUCGUCGACGGCGAGGAUCAGAAGACCGAAGCCAGCAAAGCGGCCGCGUCGGCGUUCGCUACCAGCGGCGCGGUGCAGUUCCUGAAGAACGUAGCGCUGAGUACGGGGACGGAAGAAGACGCUGUUGAUUUCCUGCGCUGUCUGCAGAAAGAUGCGGUGAAUCGAAGCAGUGGGCCUUUGGUUCUUGCGGCGGUGUGCCAGCGCUUGUAUGAGGAGGAGGUUGUUGGGGAAGAGGCGUUCUUGAGGUGGUGGGAGGAGGCGGAGGGCAUGGGCGAGGAUGAGGAUGUAGAGAUGAUGAGGGUUAGGGGGAAGACGGGGGUUUUUGUGGAGUGGUUGAAGGAGGCGGAGAGUGAGAGUGAGAGUGGGAGUGAUGAGGAGAGUGAGGAGGAGAGUGAGGAUGAGUAG